CAUCAGAUCAGAGUUUUCACAUCACAGCUCAGGACCACAUGUUUUCAGAUGUCAACUGCAAACACCAAACGACUGGGAGGAGGAACCAAAACCUCCAAAGUGUCAAAGCCCACGGCAGCCAUCUUGAAAGAAGCCAUCCAGCUGGGUAUCAGUUAUGCAGUUGGAAACCUCAGCUCCAAACCAGACAGAGAUGUUCUCAUGCAGGAUUUCUCUGUGGUGGAGAGCGUCUUCCUGCCCAGCGAGGGCAGCAACCUGACUCCAGCACAUCACUUCCCAGAUUUCCGUCUGAAGACGUACGCCCCUCUGGCCUUCCGCUACUUCCGAGAGCUGUUUGGAAUCAAACCGGACGACUACCUGUACUCCAUCUGUAACGAGCCUCUGAUCGAGCUCACCAACCCCGGAGCGAGCAGCUCCUGGUUCUACCUCACCAGUGAUGACGAGUUCAUCAUUAAGACGGUGCAGCACAAGGAGGCCGAGUUCCUGCAGAAGCUGCUGCCUGGUUACUACAUGAAUCUGGACCAGAAUCCGAGGACGUUGCUGCCCAAGUUCUACGGUCUGUACUGCAUCCAGUGCGGCGGGGUCACCGUCCGCAUGGUGGUGAUGAACAACGUGCUGCCGCGAGUCAUGAAGAUGCAUUACAAGUACGACCUGAAGGGGUCCUCGUACAAACGCCGCGCCUCACGCAAGGAGCGCGCCAAGACCUCGCCCACGUUCAAGGACCUGGACUUCCACGAGAUGCACGAGGGCCUGCACUUCGACACCGACACAUACAACGCCCUGAUGAAGACUCUGCAGAGGGACUGUCGGGUGUUGGAGAGCUUUAAGAUCAUGGACUACAGUCUCCUGCUGGGGAUCCAUGUUCUGGACCGGAAGCCGAUGACCAGAGGAAGUCGCUGUGACAGCAGGAGAGGACAGAAGGUCCUGUACUCCACCGCCCUGGAGUCCAUCCAGGGGAACGUCAAGGACCCUGAGCCUGUGGCCGAUGACGACACAUUGGGCGGAAUUCCUGCCAAACACAAGGAUGAGAACCUGCUCAUCUUUUUAGGAAUCAUUGACAUCCUUCAGUCCUACAGGUUCAUUAAGAAGGUGGAACACUCCUGGAAAUCCCUGGUGCAUGAUGGGGACACGGUGUCAGUUCACAGGCCCAGUUUUUAUGCAGAUCGAUUUCUGAAGUUCAUGGGCUCGACCGUGUUCAAGAAGAUCCAUCCUCUAAGAGGAGCGUCGUCCAAGAGGAAGAGGAGUUCCCUGAAUGCAGCGAAGUCGGCGUCUCAAGAGUUUCUGUCCCCACAGAAGGAGGAGAGGCAGCAGGAGAAGAAAGCGCAGAGCUUGGACAACCUGGAUGGAAACUUUUACAGUUCCUCCAAACAACCAGACCUUCUGCAGAGAUCCGUCGUCUCCUUUGAGCCCAGUCGAGGCCUCGAAGAGGAUCCAGAAAACAGUGAAGACAGACGAGACUCCAGUGCAACCAUCGCUCUGGACGAUCCUCUCCAGUCCCUCAGCAGAAGCCAGUCAGACUCCGAGCUCGACGUCUACUUAUGAGUGACCAGCUCCCUGCUCCUGUGACCUUUGACCUCUGCAGUCCUGCGGCAUCAAGACACCAGGACGUCAGUAAUGUGACGUGACGACAGACGGUAACAUGUUCACGUCAGAGUCUCCGCUGUGCCUCUGUGACAUCACGAAUCAAACGUGUGUCCGAAUCACACGGUUUGAUACGAACAUGUGUGUGUGUGUGUGUGUGUGUGUGUGUAUCAGGAUCAUUGAGUUUUAAUGUAAAACACUAUCAAGCUGCUGCUUCUUCUCUUUUUCUACUUUGCUGCUAAUUUAACAAACGAGAAAUGAGUUUCAGUUCUUCCUCUACUCUUUGAUGUUUGAUCCUUUUGACUUUGUAAAUGUUCAUAUUGAAACUCCUCAGUGGCUGGAUCCCUGAGGGGAGAAACGCAAUCCUCUAAUUAUAAAGUCACACGUUACAGAAAAGAAUAUUUCACUGCUUUUAUUUCACAAUCAUAUAUUUAUAUAGAGAUGUGAGAGCGGAGAUCUCUCUGGUUUCAGGUGUUUAAAUGAAAAGAACCAGUUAAUUUCUCAAGAUGACUUCAAUCAUCAUUUAAAAAUCAUUUCAAUCU